AUGGCGACGAGCGGGGCUGUGAUCGUCAGCGCCGCCCUUCAGCAUCAUGAAGCUAUUUUGUCUUUGUCUAAUCAGCACCAGCGAAUUAGGUUCUCUGACUCUGUGGUAACUGGAUCAAUCAUUUUCCCACUUUCAGGUAUUGCCUUUAUUAUAGUAGAGAUUCAAGAUUUCUGUGACAAUUCUACAGAAACAAAACUGAUAGAUCGGAUUGAGCAAUUUGUUCGUAUUCAUCGCAACAGUUUCCUGCUUUUGGCUGCAGCCCUUUAUGGUCCUAUAGAAUGGGAAAUACUAUUUAAAAUUCAACAAAGGUUUUUAGGUAGUAAUCUGAGAAUCAUACCUGCACACAAUGCUGGUGAUAUAGUCAAGAGUAUGCUCACUAUAGCCAAGGUUACAUGUAAACCACAUGUGGACAGUGUUCGUGACCGCAUUGCUAUGAUCCGAGCCCAGGUUAUAGAACGUAGUCCUGUCUGGGAGAUGCUUCACAAGCGACAGAUAAAUGAUGCAUAA